AUGACAUGGGCAUCAGCUCAAAGUUACUGCAGACAGAAGCACAUUGAUCUGGCUACUAUAGACUCUAUGAAUGAUGUGAACAAGCUGAUAAAUACUGUGGAUCCUGGGUACAUUGGAUCAGUGUGGACUGGACUAAAGAGGGCGACAGUGAGUCGAUGGGUUUGGUCUAUGGGAGAAGACACUCUUUCACAGUACAAAGCCUGGAAUACAGGAGAACCUUAUGAAAGUGUUGGAAACGUCCUGAUAACAACUCCAAAAAACUGGAGAGAUGCUCAGAGUUACUGCAGACAGUAUCACACUGAUCUGGCCACCAUCCACAACUCUGUGGAGCAGAACCAGGUAUAUACUCUUGUUGGAAGUGGACCGUGGGCCUGGAUCGGUCUGUUUUUGGACUCUUGGCAGUGGUCUGACCUAAGGAGUUUCUACUUUAGAUACUGGGCAGCAGGACAACCAACAACUGGUGAUUGUGUUGCCAUGUCAACAACUGACUCUGGGAAAUGGGCUACUUACAGCUGUGUCCAAUCACGUCCUUUUAUCUGCUAUGAUGUUUAUCAAAAACAGGUUAUUAGAUUAAACUUGUCCUGUCGUGGAAAAUGCGAUAUGAAUGAUCCUUCACUACAGGCUGUCAUUCUGAAUAAGAUUGGUACAAAGCUAAAGAGCAUAGGACUGGACAAUUACAUCCGUAUAAACUGGGGGAAAAUAUAA